UAGGGGUGUGUGUCAUAGCGCUGGCGUUGGACUCCAAGGCCACGACUCAAUGCCCGCCCGCAUUGCCAGCAUCUCCAGUGCAAAUUCUCUUUGCUGCUGCUGCUACUGCGCCAGCCAGCCAGCCACACUCGCAACCAUCUUGCUCCGGUUUUUAUGCCACCCCACUUCGCAUUUCCGGGCCCAUUUUGGCUGCAAUUCUAGUAUCGGAGGAAUGCAACGAGUGCGCGGUUGGGUCUCUGCGCCGCAGGCUGAUGAGCGCCAUGUGUCGUAGAGCGAAAACCGCAUCCAUCGUUGGCUGAUUUCGGGGCGAUCGGGUGAUCGUGUUUGGAUUGUCGGGAAGGGUGUGGUGGGUUUCGCGGUUGUGAGCUUUGACGGUGUCUGGCGACGAUGGGUGUCAUUGAAGGGGUUGCAGGUGGAGGGCUGUUUCGCGUAGUGUGCCAGCUGUAGGGGAGUGAGGAGAUCCACGGUGAAUUCUUCGCCUCAGUGGGAGUAUUACCAGCUGGCUCACGCGGUGAUUUCUUCAUUGUUUGUUCGUUUGUUUGUUGUUGUUGUCACUUUUUUUCUUUUCUUGGGGGGAAGGGGGUUUCGUUGGCGGUAUUUUCCCUUGAGACAGUGAAUGUGAGCAGGGCGAAAGUUGGCUGUCAUGGUCAAUACCUGGUCCCACCUGCAGCAUUGGUCGAUCACGCCUUACGAGAUGUCGCAUUGUAAUUCUCCAGGAGUAAAUGAGAUUGUUGGAGAGGUUUCUGGGAGGGAAUGUUGAGAGGGAGAGGGAGAGAGAGUGGGCGAGAGAAAGCGAGAGCGAGAGAGAAGAGGAAGAGAGGGAGAGAGAGAGAGAGAGAGAGAGAGAGAGAGAGCUGGAGGUUUUCUGAAGCUGCCUGCAUUCGUCUGAGUUCGCCUCACUCAUUAGAAUCUGUCCGAAUAUGCGUUCUGACUUUUCUGAACUUGGAUGAGCGGUGCGUGCAAUUGGGGGGAAAUGCAAUGUGGCUUCUGGAACCAUCAAACCCACGUUUUAUUUUUAGCCACAAGGCUGUAUUUUUCAAGAGUAGUGAAGCGUGUUCCCGGAGGAUGAAGCGAUUUAAAACCAUCGCCAAGACCUUCAAUUAGUCUUUGUAGGGCGUCAUCGGGGUGGCGGACUUUUAAGACAAGUGCUACUUUUGUAAUUUUUGGUUUCAAUUCAAUUUUUAGUUUCGAUAACCAGUGUUUCAUCGGAAAGAAUGACAGUGGUUUGUAAAGAAACAAGCCGAUGGUUGCUCUUAAGCUUAGAGGGACGCAGGCGGACCCCAGGAAGUCGGCCCCAAUGUACAUUUAGAGUGUGUGUAUCGUUUAUGUAAAUGUAGGAGGAUGUCAUCAUUGCUUGUCUCUUGACAUGCUAGUCUUAGAUUCCUUGAUAUUUCUAGGGGUGCAGCUGAGGUGGCAGUUGCGGCAAACAUAUUUUUGUUUUAGGGAAAUCAAAUCCAACUCUCCUUCUUCUGAGCGCCCGGGCGCGUCUUCCUGGAAGUACAGCUGCAACAUUAGUUGUGUUGCCUCAUUGGAAAGAACAACACAGAGGCAACAGUGAGGAAUUCGGAACUUCCAAUUCCCACUUCGAGAUAUCGGAUGAAUUAAAUCGCUUGGUUAGUCAACUGGAAUCUAGUCACGAGGCAUAUCAGACGUUAUCAUGCUCAUGAAAUGCGCAAAGGUCAUGCCGGUGGAGAUAUCCGAUUGCAGGGAUGUCCUGGUAGCUGAGGAUGAGGUUAUUGGUUUGCAGUCUGGAACGGCGUGGCUUCCUCAGAGGAGAGUGAUAGUGACUAGAGCUUGAAAAGCCGACACAAUGCCUUUGGUGCGGUAUGAAGUGCAGUCCGAGCACAGCUUGGCUAACCCCGAGCUUUACCGCACUGUGGGUCGAGAUGAUUCUGAGGGACUGCUUGAAGGAGUGGCCAUGGCGGGUCUUGUGGGAAUUGUCCGCCAGCUCGGUGACAUGGCUGAAUUCGCAGCUGAGAUUUUUCAGGAGCUUCAUGACGAAAUCAUGGCAAUUGGGAUACGAGGCCAAGAUUUGAAGGCCCGGGUGGGUCGUCUAGAGACUGAUCUGCCGGCUGUGGAGAAGACCUUGCUUUCGGAAUCUAGUCAGAUAGAUUUCGCGUACAGUAUACGAUCUAAAUGGCGGGCACCUCUGCCAAUAGACCAGAAUUGUUGUGCGCAAGGAGACCUCCCACGCUUCGUUCGAAACUUCUAUGACGACUGUCGAGGUCCACCUCGCCUGUUUCUUCUUGACAAGUUCGAUGAAGCUGGGCGAGGUGCGUGCGUGAAGAGGUAUACAGAUCCGACAUUUUUUAAGCUCACUUGGGCUGCCACGCAGCUAGAGAAAGCUGAACGAUUGCGGAGAGAACAAGAGUUUGAACUACAAAGAACAAACAGUGCAGAUGAGAAAAGCUUGAAUAAUGAAGGGUCGAAGAUUUAUAGAAGAGAACGAUUAUCGUCCGCUCUUUUCGAGAAUCUCGAAGGAUUCACAGGCGAUUUUACUCCCGAUCUGCGAUCAAGGCGCUUGGACCGGGUGCUUGAGCUUCCAACUGAGGGUGAUCUGACGCCCGACGGGCCACUCUCUCCCGAGGAACCUCGAUCACCGGAGCGCACAUUUCAGAAGCGGCCUGAAAUGCCUGAAAUAUCCGAAGGGCCUGUUCUGACCCCACUGAAGAUCAGUGUCAAAGACAUCGAGAAUCUAACGAUGGGACAUCGGAUUUCAACGCCCAACGACCCAAAGGAGCCAUCUUCGAACGAAGAGGAUGCAAGUAAUGACGAUUUCUUUGUAGAUGCGCUGACAACGAUGGGAUCGGACCCAGAUUCCGAGCCUGGCUCCCGAACCAGGUGGGAUGCCGAAGUCCAGAGCCACUUCGGUAUGGAGUCCGACCAGGAGAAAUUUCUAAAUCACUCGGUGCUGAAGGCACAUGUGGAAGCGCACCAUCAACCAUCGCCCGAAGGAUCUGACGAGUUGGACCAAAAAGACGGAUUCGGUCGUAGGCUUGGUGGUUACAAGCAGCCUGAAAGCCCUGGCGCGGGUACUGGCACAGUUCGUGAGUCGGAGGAUGCUGCUGAAAACGCUGCUGGAAGUUCUGGCGGUCAGCCUUCCGUUGAGGGCGAAGAGUCCCAGUCUGUCGAUGAAAGCAUCGCUAAUGAGUCGAUUACAAGUGAAGAAUCUGAUGCACGGAAUGAGCACGCAAGCAUCUCUGAGAAGGUGCCCGAGGGGUCUCUACUUCCUCUACAUCUCGAAAAGUUUCCUGAAAAACGUUAUGAUGAAUUUUCAAACAUUAUUCCUUCAAAACUUCCAGAAAAUCUUCUUGAAAAUCUUCCUAAUGGUAGUUCUGGUGAUCUUCUCAAAGAACUUUCAGAGACGUGCCCUGAUAAGCUUUCUUGUAUACCUCCAAAGAAGGUUCCUGAGAAGGUUGUUAAGAAUACUCCUAUUAAAGUUCCUGAGAAGCCUACCCUCGAAUCACAUGAGUCUAUAUCACUUCUAGAGGUCCGCAAAAUUUCAUCCAAGUCCAAAGAACAGCGAGCUUCUGUGGAGGUUACAGAACAAUUCCCUGGGUUGUACAAUCAUGAUCCACAUGCAGUGAAAGACGACCAGUUGGCGUUGGCUAAUGUUGAGCAGCCUAUAACGACUCCUAGAAGCCGUCGUCUCUGGGCAAAAGAUAAUGGUUCCCAGAUUCAAACUAGCAACAUUCUGGGUAAGGCCGACAUUGAUCACAGAGGUUUGUCUCUACGGUUCAAUGGUGGAUCAGAGUUGAAUAAUUUGCUCAGGGCUGGCAUACUGGGCGGUAGCGGCCAUUUUCAUGAGGAAUUAAGUUCAAACUCACAGCGUGCUCUCAUUCCUGAAGAGGAUCACUCUGUUCGAGUUUCUGAGCAAAGUGGCUACGAGUUGAUAUUACACCGACGUCAUCCUUCGUCUACUGGUUCAAGCCCCUACAGUCAUGUUUCAUCUUCCUCUGCGCAUGAGGAUGACGAUGGAGCGUCCAAGUCGUCAGCUAGCUCUUCUCCCAAGGGGCCAAAUUUUUGUGCAUUGUUGUCACCACCUGAGUCACCGCUAAGAGUGGCUCGUGGGUUGAUGGGUAGCCCUGUUGGUUUUAGUUCAAACACACACUUUUGUAGUAAAAGUCUUAACGAUCCUCCUGACAUCCCUUACCUCUCAAUUUCACCGACGGUUUCAAGAUCACUAUCGUUAAAUCUGGACCUUUCUUCAAGUGAGCGUGAUGAAUUGCUUCAGAAUUACCCUUCUGCUCAGCAGGCACCUCAGCUCAUAUCAUCACCUCAACGACGUACUAAUUCAAGCUCCUCGACUUCUCUGAUGAUUAAUGACCCUGCUGCGAGUUUGGCAAAAAACUUAGAUGAGCUCGAGAGCGUCCCUGUCACUGAUCCAAAGAGGACUAAAGAUAAUGGGGGUUUGCAUUUCGAAUCAAGUGGAAACCAGACUUCGACCCUCUCAAACUUAGCGUCAAGGCCAAGGACGUGGGUGGGUCGUUCAGAAUCCAACGUCGCAGCCACUUUGCGUGCAAUUCGGCAGGCUGCGGCAGUAGAAAAUGACCAAGAUGAUGACACAGCAAGGCUACAACGGAAAGCAUCCAUACAUGAAACGAACAAAGGUCCUGUGAGCGUUGACCUCCACAAAUGUCAGUUUUUUUACACCUCAAGGGAGAGAAUCGCAGGAGAUGUUGGACUGUAUCGACAGUUUUGGUUAAUUGGAAAACUCUCAAAAGCAUUCCUACAAGCACCAAAUGUUUUGCAAUACGUUAGAAACGAAAUUCUAAACGAAUUCGACUUAGAACUAAACUUCUGAUUGUGCUGCAACGAAUCGUCUACUUGGCCACUGCAGCAUACACCGUCCGCAGGAAUAAUGUAGUUCUUUUGAUGCAGCAAAAAGUAACAUUUCGUAUCAUUCCGUAGCUCAUACUCUUAAUUACCUCACAGUUUUCAUUAUUCAUGGACA